AGGAUGUUGGACCAUGAAACUGAAGGGUGAUGAAUAAAAAAAGAACCUCACAAAUCGAAUCUCUUGCCCGACCGAAACCCCUCGAAUACAUCCCUCAAGCAAAAGCCAAGAUUCCAACAACUACUUCCGAAUGGUUUCUCUUCAAAGGUCAGAACGUUUACAGGCAAUUGACCCUAAACUGGGGACGUAAACUCGUGGUUGGGGCGUUUCCUUUCAUCGCUUAUUUUAGUGUCACAUUCUUCGACUAUCGGCGAACGAGGUACAACUUUCAGCUUCAGCAAGCUGACUUCUUUAAGCAGUCUGUUGCUUGCAUUGCCAAUAGUCCGGAGGUAAAGGAGGCGUUUGGUACGGAUAUAAAGCUAAAGAGAGCCUCCUACUGGACUCUUGCUUCAGGGUUUGUUCCAUGGAUUAAGGAACGACACGUGUGGUUAGGAUUCUCGAGUCUUCGCAGGGACGGUUGGAUUAGGAUGGGACUGCGCAGGACGGACUUCAUCUUGGACAAGGAAUCUGCAAGACUUAUUUCAAGUGAUAUUGAAAGUGGACUAAAGAAAGAUUUACAGAUUUCAUUGGCGAAAGCAAAGGAGGUAGGCGAAUCUGAAGGUACAAAUCAUGAAGAAGUAUCUAGUGAUGAAGUCAGGGAGACUACUAAUUUGACUGUAGAGUCUUCUGAAACAGCUACUGAAACAACUACUAAACUAGUACUCAAAGAAACAGUAGAAAAUGAAGCUAACGAACUGAACGAGUCACCGUCAAUAAAAGAAGACACUAUUCUGAAGGAUUCCGAAAAGGAGGUCUCACAAGAAAAUAACUCAGACCAAAACCUCAGCUCUGAUGAAUCCGAACCAAGUGGCUCUUGGAAAGAGGAUCAUUCACUAACUACACAAGAACGUAUCGCUGAACAAGUGGCAGAAAAAGAAACCAAAGACAAACUCAGUCACGAUCAGAGCCAAGAGUACAUGGCUGAAAUGCGGCGACUAUACCCAACUCUUCCGGAGAACUUUGGUCAAAACGAUCUGGAGCAAGCUGUUGCUCUGAAGAAAGAUAAACUGCUAGACGGCCAGAUAUUCAACAACACGUGGGAUUUACUGAGCUUGUCGAUUCACCCUGAUAAGGCGGGUGACGGCCAGACCUUUGUUUUGUGGGACCCUGAGAAGAGUUACGUUGAUCAAGCUGAUUAUUUCAUUGAUACAGCCUGGUUAUCUAUAAAGAAACCGGGGUUUAUGAGAGCGUCCAGUGUUGCUGUUGUGGACCAAUCUUCUACUGUGGCAGAAGCUUCAUGAAGGCAGAUAGCAAGAUCAUGGGGAGAUGGCUACUGAAACUUCUCUUUUUCACCUUCCUACUUCUCCCUGCUUCACCAUUUGUUAACAACAUAGCUGCUGGAGGCAUGUCCAAGUUUCUAAAAUCAGUCGGUGAAGCAUUUGGAGCAAUGUUUGACUGUUCCUACACCUGCCCUAACGGGGGCUACCCUAUUCCUAUCCCUGGCUACGUGCCAAAACCAAACGGUUGCGGAACUGCCGCUACAAUGUUCACUAAAGAACUAGCCCGGUUUCUACCGUCAGUCCACGAGUGCUGUUCCCAUCACGAUACUUGUUAUGGCACCUGCAAGGAAGAACGGAACAGCUGUGAUAAGAAAUUCCGGAAAUGUUUGAAGGAGAUCUGUGUGGUAGCUAAGCAGAUGAUAAAAAUGGCGGGAAGUAAGUUCAAUGCGGAGGAGAUUUGUCAGAGUGCUGUAAAUGGUUUGUAUGCUGUAGUGGCCGGUGCUGGCUGUAAUUCUUAUAGAAACUCACAGAAGGAAGCUUGUCUGUGUGUUGGGGGAGCCCCAGAGUUGUAGGGGGGGGGAGCCCCAGAGUUGUAGGGGGGGGGGGAGCCCCUGAGUUGUAGGGGAAGCCCCUGGCUUCAUUUUGUUUUUAUGUUGGAAGACUGCAUAACUUUUUGGAAAAGUGGGCAUCAUUCAUCACGGUUGUGUUUUAAUAUUAGAUGGGAUGGACUGGAUAAUUCUGUGAAUAUAAUUAUAGGCUGCUUUUUAACAGACAUGAACAGUUUUACUUUUGCUUAAUUUCAAAUUUAUAGUAUUAUUAUUUGUAAGUGUGAUUGUGUUUAUAACGAACUUACAACUAUGAUCUUUGUACAUGUAGAGAUAUUUAAAUUAUAAAUCAUUGAUAUUUAAUAAUCGGCGUAACUGCCUUUGAUUUCUUUCAUAGUCCCGUCAGUGAUUUUUUCUGAACGAUAAUCUAGAGUGGUUCCUAUUUUACUUGGCAGGUGAGUAGUGAGCACCGUCCAUAUCAUUAUUCACAGCAUUGGUUCAAUUAUCUCGUUCAAGUUUACUAAUAUAGUAUAGAAAAUACUCAAGUAUAGUGACUUCUGGGGCACCCUGUACUGCUUUAAAAACAUGUCAAUCUCUUU